AGCAGGUACAAUGGUUCCAUAGCAAAACAUAGCUUAUCAAAUCAGGUAAAGCCAGUAGGAACACUGCCAAUCUUGAUGGAUCAGGGCUGGGUGCUAAUUGGUCAUAAAUACUGAGGCAGAGAGAAUGUUCAAACAUGGCUAAUUAUCACUCUUUAUAUAAAAAAAGAAAGAAAAAAAAGCUGUUUGAGAGAAGUUGUGUUCUGUUGGAACAAUGGCAGCACUUUGGAGUUUCUUGGGAAUUGUCGUAUUUUGUAUCACUAGUCGUUCGUUUGCUGCGUAUUCACUGACACAAAGUCAACAGGCCUUCCAGUGGCCAGGGCAAAAGACUUCGAGUUUUGUGGCUAAACAGACAGCUCCUCAGGCAGAUCCUUUUCAGAAGUGUAAUGUGGAAGACAAUGAGAAGGUGCAGUGUGGAGAACCUGGCAUUUCUUUUGCAAAUUGUGAUGCUGUUAACUGCUGUUUUGAUGGACAACAGUGCUACUAUGGCAAAGCAGUAACUGUCCAGUGUACAAGAGAUGCGCAAUUUGUUGUUGUGGUAAUGAGAGAUGCAACCCGUCCAAGGAUGAACUUGGAGUCUAUCAGCCUUUUGGGAGGAAGUGACCCUCCUUGUGGUCCUGUUGGUACCACUGUAGCUUUUGCUAUCUACCAGUUCCCGGUCACUGCUUGUGGCACCACAUUGAAGAUGGAUGGUGACUUUCUAGUCUAUGAAAACAAAAUGACUUCUACCUACGAAGUAAGCGUCGGACCUCUAGGCUCCAUCACAAGGGACAGCCAUUAUGAGCUCCUCUUCCAGUGUAGAUAUUCUGGCACCAGUGUUGAGGCACUAGUAGUUGAAGUCAACACUGUUCCUCCUCCACCUCCUGUGGCUGCUCCUGGACCUCUGAGAGUGGAACUUAGACUGGCUAAUGGGCAGUGCUCUGCUAAGGGAUGUGUGGAAGAAGAUCAAGCAUACUCGUCAUACUAUGGUGAUGCGGAGUAUCCUGUGAGCAAAGUACUGCGGGAGCCAAUCUAUGUUGAAGUGCACAUUCUAGGGAGGACUGACCCCAACAUUGUUCUGACUUUGGGUCGCUGCUGGGCAACCUCAAACCCUGAACCUCAGAGUCUGCCCCAGUGGGAUCUUCUUGUGAAUGGUUGUCCUUACCAGGAUGACCACUACAUGACUACACUGAUCCCUGUGGAUGGGUCUUCAGGCCUUCAGUUUCCAACUCACUACAAACGAUUUGUACUACAAAUGUUCAUGUUUGUGGAACCUAUAACUCUUGGUCCCUUGAAGGAGACGGUUUUCAUUCACUGCAGCACAUCAGUUUGUACCCCAACUGCAGCAGAAUCUUGUUCAGCAUUGCAACAGGAGGAGGAGAGAUGCUGAGACCCCGGAAGAUGGUACCCCUAUAGUUGUCUCCAGUGGAAAAAUUAUCUUUCACUUUCUCUGACUCCUCUUGCAAUAAAUUUUGUAUGGAUUCUGAAA